GAUGCCUUGGAGAAAGACAUCAAUAAGGAAUUAGCGCAUCUCCUAAAAAAUAUGACGGAGGGUCAGACUGAAUCGGACGUUGUCGACCUCUGCAAAGACAACGACAAAUGGGAUAAACUUGGCCAUAAAGAAAGGAAAACAAAUAAAGCAGCUUGUUUACUUUUUGCUUCAGGAUUAAAACACAUUUAUAACCAACAUAAAGGCAGUGUUAAGGGCCCUGUUAAGGGCCCAUCGUUUGAACAAACGAUGGGUUGUUUAUUUCUUAAAGAGUAUGCAAAACAAUUGAAAGAAAUGGCAAAUGAGAAGAAAAGAGGACAUAGUUGGGUACAUCCUCUUUGUGACAUAGAUAAGGGCAUAAAACAUGCUUUUAGCGAAAGUGAAAAAAUUAUGAAGAGUGUAUUAGAUGAAUGUAGCAGUGGUCCUAAUGGUAUUUCUUGCUUUGUAUGCACACAAAACAAUGAUUAUAAUAAUUGCAAAAUUGGCGAUGACAAUAUAGGAAAUAAAGCUAAAGAUCUGUUCAAAGGCGAAUCGGAACAAAACCAAAUGCAACAAACCUUAGAGAAUACAGUCUGUCCCAUCCUUCUUACGGAUCUCCUUACCCCUUUUCUUCCUUUGGCUCCUGUCUCUAUUGGCCUUUCUGCUAUGGCUUAUUACCUUUGGAAGUAUUUUGGUCCUCUUGGUAAAGGAGGAUCACGUUUCAGAAGAUCUCCUGUUGAAAUUCCUGGUCCAUCAGUACAAGAACAAGUCCUCGAUCAUGUGGAAGAAGCUGGUCCACAUGAAUAUCGAUUGGUGAAGGAACGAAAACCUCGUUCUGCUCCAACAAGAACAAAACGUUCUGGUCCCGUGAAUCGCCGCACGAUUAUUGAAAUUCAUUUUGAAGUGUUGGACGAAUGUCAAAAAGGAGACACACAAUUGAACCAGAAGGAUUUUCUGGAACUUUUGGUUCAAGAAUUCAUGGGAUCCGAAUUAAUGGAAGAAGAACAGGUUUCUAAGGAAGACGUUUUUAUGGAAGGUGUUCCUUUGGAACGAGUUCCUAUGGAAAGUGUUCCAAGUUUAGGUUCCGUGUUUAUGGUUUAG